AUGACCCAUCCUUAUUCCAUUCGUGUCUACCACAGGCAAAGGCAGCCAAAUGUUGCUAAACAAGGACAGCAGUUUUUACUGUAUGGUCGUGGGCAGCCUGGUGCCAUUAAAGGAAUUCCCUUGGAAACAAGUAAUAAACAAGAAGAUGUUAUGUUUCCUAUCCUUGGAUUAAACACUCCAGAAGUAAUAGAUUAUGAUGCAAGAAGUCAAUUUAUUUAUUACUCUGAUGUUGAAAGAUAUGCAAUUGAAAGCAUGAUGUACUGGUCUGAUAGAUCAACCGAAUUCUUUUUAGUUACGAAAGAAUAUGGGGGUAAAAUAGAACGAGCUCAUAUGGAUGGAAGCAACAGAGAAGUGUUUUUGAAUGUUAAUCUGCAGUGGCCAAAUGGUUUAAGUAUUGAUUACGUUGAUAAGAAAUUGUACUGGUGUGAUGCUUAUUUGCAUAGAAUUGAAAGAAUUUCAUUGGAUGGUACCAACCGUGAAACACUGCUUUCUGGGGAAAGUUUGAAUCAUCCAUAUGGUUUAGCUCAUUACGACAAUUAUGUCUUUUGGUCUGAAUACUAUCAAGGUUUGGUGUUGAGGCUUCAUUUGCCAAAUAAAACAAUCACAACUCUGGCUAAAGAGAAUCCACCUGUGUAUCAAAUAAGAAUUUUUGAUGCUUCAAUGCAAACUGGUAUGUGGUUUUAUGUUGAUUAAAAUGUCUUUUUGAAAUUUAAAUUAUUUUUACAUAGCUCUGUAUCAACUAGAAAUGUAUGAAAAAAAAGAAGAAAGGAAAACUUAACUAAGAAAU